AUGAACAGUUGCGAAAGUGGAGGAUUGGGUGCUGAGGAAUUUGGCCCUGACAACCCCUUCAAAGCGGGAGAAGCUUUUGAGAUGUUUAUUGUCAUCAAACCUGAAGGAUACCAGGUACACGUUAAUGGCAAGGAGUGCUACCUGUUCAAUCAUCGCAUACCGCUGGAAAAAGUUUCAGCGUUACAAAUUCAAGGAGAUCUUGUCGUCAAACUUCUUGGCUUCAUAAAAAACUGGAACAAGCUGAGCUUUUUGCGCUGGGGCCUUUCCACCAUCCAGUCAGAGUUCUCACUUCCAGUCCAAAACCCUUCCCUUCCCUAUGUAAGGCCGAUUCCUGAGGGGCUGAAAGCAGGACUGGCCUUGUACUUUCAGGGAGUUGCUGGCACUACGGGUGACAAGUUUGAGAUAAACUUCAAGACGGGGCAGUCUGACAAGGAUGACUAUGCUUUCCACUUCAACCCACGAUUUAACUCGAAUGUGUUCAUGAACACGCGCACAAAUGGAGUAUGGGGGGCUGAAGAAUUUGGUCCGGACAAUCCCUUCAAAAUUGGAGAAGCUUUUGACAUGUUUAUUGUCAUAAAACCUGAAGGAUAUCAGGUAUACGUGAACGGCAAUGAGCACUACCUAUUCAAGCAUCGGAUACCACUUGAAAAAGUGUCUGCGAUAACUAUUAGUGGUCAUGUGAUUCUGAACCUUUUUGCCUUUGUACAAGCCCUUCCUUAUGUGGGUCCGAUUUCCGGGGGACUGAAAGCAGGAUUGGCUUUGUACCUGCAGGGAGUUGUUGGUAGUAAAGGUCCCGGGUUUUUCAUAAACUUCAAGACCGGGCAGUCUGAAAAGGAUGAUACUGCUUUCCAGUUCAACCCCCGACACAAUUCAGAUGUGGUCAUGAACAGUUGCGAAAGUGGAGGAUUGGGUGCUGAGGAAUUUGGCCCUGACAACCCCUUCAAAGCGGGAGAAGCUUUUGAGAUGUUUAUUGUCAUCAAACCUGAAGGAUACCAGGUACACGUUAAUGGCAAGGAGUGCUACCUGUUCAAUCAUCGCAUACCGCUGGAAAAAGUUUCAGCGUUACAAAUUCAAGGAGAUCUUGUCGUCAAACUUCUUGGCUUCAUAAAAAACUGGAACAAGCUGAGCUUUUUGCGCUGGGGCCUUUCCACCAUCCAGUCAGAGUUCUCACUUCCAGUCCAAAACCCUUCCCUUCCCUAUGUAAGGCCGAUUCCUGAGGGGCUGAAAGCAGGACUGGCCUUGUACUUUCAGGGAGUUGCUGGCACUACGGGUGACAAGUUUGAGAUAAACUUCAAGACGGGGCAGUCUGACAAGGAUGACUAUGCUUUCCACUUCAACCCCCGAUUUAACUCGAAUGUGUUCAUGAACACGCGCACAAAUGGAGUAUGGGGGGCUGAAGAAUUUGGUCCGGACAAUCCCUUCAAAAUUGGAGAAGCUUUUGACAUGUUUAUUGUCAUAAAACCUGAAGGAUAUCAGGUAUACGUGAACGGCAAUGAGCACUACCUAUUCAAGCACCGGAUACCACUUGAAAAAGUGUCUGCGAUAACUAUUAGUGGUCAUGUGAUUCUGAACCUUUUUGCCUUUGUACAAAAGUGGAGCACAUCUAUAUUUGCUACGCAAGUGAAGAGGGGCUUCUUGAGCUGGACGCCUUCCACCAUACAUUCGCAGCUCUCACUACCUAUCCAAACUCCUGCCCUUCCUUAUGUGGGUCCGAUUUCCGGGGGACUGAAAGCAGGAUUGGCUUUGUACCUGCAGGGAGUUGUUGGUAGUAAAGGUCCCGGGUUUUUCAUCAACUUCAAGACCGGGCAGUCUGAAAAGGAUGAUACUGCUUUCCAGUUCAACCCCCGACACAAUUCAGAUGUGGUCAUGAACAGUUGCGAAAGUGGAGGAUUGGGUGCUGAGGAAUUUGGCCCUGACAACCCCUUCAAAGCGGGAGAAGCUUUUGAGAUGUUUAUUGUCAUCAAACCUGAAGGAUACCAGGUACACGUUAAUGGCAAGGAGUGCUACCUGUUCAAUCAUCGCAUACCGCUGGAAAAAGUUUCAGCGUUACAAAUUCAAGGAGAUCUUGUCGUCAAACUUCUUGGCUUCAUAAAAAACUGGAACAAGCUGAGCUUUUUGCGCUGGGGCCUUUCCACCAUCCAGUCAGAGUUCUCACUUCCAGUCCAAAACCCUUCCCUUCCCUAUGUAAGGCCGAUUCCUGAGGGGCUGAAAGCAGGACUGGCCUUGUACUUUCAGGGAGUUGCUGGCACUACGGGUGACAAGUUUGAGAUAAACUUCAAGACGGGGCAGUCUGACAAGGAUGACUAUGCUUUCCACUUCAACCCCCGAUUUAACUCGAAUGUGUUCAUGAACACGCGCACAAAUGGAGUAUGGGGGGCUGAAGAAUUUGGUCCGGACAAUCCCUUCAAAAUUGGAGAAGCUUUUGACAUGUUUAUUGUCAUAAAACCUGAAGGAUAUCAGGUAUACGUGAACGGCAAUGAGCACUACCUAUUCAAGCACCGGAUACCACUUGAAAAAGUGUCUGCGAUAACUAUUAGUGGUCAUGUGAUUCUGAACCUUUUUGCCUUUGUACAAAAGUGGAGCACAUCUAUAUUUGCUACGCAAGUGAAGAGGGGCUUCUUGAGCUGGACGCCUUCCACCAUACAUUCGCAGCUCUCACUACCUAUCCAAACUCCUGCCCUUCCUUAUGUGGGUCCGAUUUCCGGGGGACUGAAAGCAGGAUUGGCUUUGUACCUGCAGGGAGUUGUUGGUAGUAAAGGUCCCGGGUUUUUCAUAAACUUCAAGACCGGGCAGUCUGAAAAGGAUGAUACUGCUUUCCAGUUCAACCCCCGACACAAUUCAGAUGUGGUCAUGAACAGUUGCGAAAGUGGAGGAUUGGGUGCUGAGGAAUUUGGCCCUGACAACCCCUUCAAAGCGGGAGAAGCUUUUGAGAUGUUUAUUGUCAUCAAACCUGAAGGAUACCAGGUACACGUUAAUGGCAAGGAGUGCUACCUGUUCAAUCAUCGCAUACCGCUGGAAAAAGUUUCAGCGUUACAAAUUCAAGGAGAUCUUGUCGUCAAACUUCUUGGCUUCAUAAAAAACUGGAACAAGCUGAGCUUUUUGCGCUGGGGCCUUUCCACCAUCCAGUCAGAGUUCUCACUUCCAGUCCAAAACCCUUCCCUUCCCUAUGUAAGGCCGAUUCCUGAGGGGCUGAAAGCAGGACUGGCCUUGUACUUUCAGGGAGUUGCUGGCACUACGGGUGACAAGUUUGAGAUAAACUUCAAGACCGGGCAGUCUGACAAGGAUGACUAUGCUUUCCACUUCAACCCCCGAUUUAACUCGAAUGUGUUCACUGAACACGCGCACAAAUGGAGUAUGGGGGGCUGA